AGAAAACCAGUAAGCAUGUUGAUGGACCGCGUGGACGGGCCGUUCAGGCUGGAGCUCGAGUUCAUCGGCGUCGUCAAGGACUGGACACACCGAGAAAAGUUCGCCUACGAGACAUACGUCAUCCCGAUGUGGAACACGGCCGGCAUG